CUGAUUGAGCCUCUCUCUGAUUGGCGGAAAGUUCCGGGCUGGGGCGGGUCCCUCCACGGACUUUUGUUUUCUCGCCUGCGGCUGAAAUUUGGACGGUGCGGAUCUCCUGGAGGCGGUUAGGACUCUUGGUUCCGCUGUUUGGUUGUGGAUACAUGAGGAGUUCGGUUCCGUUCUGGUUCCGUUCUGGUUCUGUGAGUGCUUCUGGGCCUCUCUCUGUGAGCGCUUUCCGCUCGGACUGUCAUUGAGAAAGUCCACAUGUUGGCUGGCUGGAGACACUUUCUGCAUCUUUUUCCAUCUGGAAAUCUGAAUUUUUUUGAGGAGUUUGUUGGAGGUCAAAAUUUCUGCUCUGCUCGGAUAAAUUUACAGUCACUUCACCUCGCCGCCUCUCCGUAAAAACAAAAUGGAGGUUCUGUGGAUUGGUCUGCUGCUGCUGGAGGUGAUCAUGAUGUCAUCGGCGGCCAGAGGUCCUCCCAGGGUGGCGGGGAAGGUGGCCCAUCGUCAGAGCGUCCGUCUGGGUCGCACGGCCAAGCUGGCGUGCCCCGUGGAGGGCGACCCGCCGCCCCUCAUGAUGUGGACCAAAGAUGGCCGACACAUCCACAGCGGCUGGACCCGGUUCCGCGUGCUGCAGCACGGCCUGCGCAUCAAGGAAGUGGAGACGGAGGAUGCCGGCACCUACGUCUGCAAGGCCACCAACGGGUUUGGCAGCGUCAACAUCAACUACACGCUGAUUGUCAUCGGUGAGCGCAAUGCCAGUUAUGAUUUCGGAUGAAACGGAGGAGCUGGUUUACGUUUUCAUCGACAAAUCGCUGAGAUUGUUGAGACGUUUUAAUCAUUUUAUUCUUCGGCGUUUGAGGUUCUUGAGUAACGGCUCAUCGUCUUGUUUUAACUUUUCUUUUAAAUAUAUUUUUCUUGCCUCACGUUCAC